UUAUUGAAUCUCUCUUACUACAACAACAACAACAGUUUUAAGAAAAUAUCCAAAAAAGACCCCAAAAACUUUAGAUUCUUAUCAAUUUCAACCUCUUUAUGGGCUUACUUGAUCAUCUCUGGGAUGAUACCGUCGCUGGUCCACGGCCAGAGAACGGCCUUGGCAAGCUUCGGAAACACCAUACCUUCAGUUUCCGACCUAGCUCAGGCAAUGAUCAAUCUGAAGGUGGAAGUGCGAGAUCGUACGGUGAGGAUUCGCCGGAAGAGGCUGUGAAAGUUACACGUAGCAUCAUGAUUAUAAAACCACCAGGUUACCAAGGCGGUUCAGCUCCGGCGUCGCCUGCCGGUUCAACUCCGCCGCUGUCUCCUUUCUCUCCGCCUCUUUCUCCGUUCUCCGAGCAAACGCAGGAGGAAAGGAACCCUUUCGGUUUAGGAGGCGGUCGUCGGAUGCGUUCGAUAAGGCAGCAGGAGGAUCAGGAUCAGAGACUGGACCAAGGAGCCCUCCUCCUACUUACGGCAUGUGAUCUCUAACACAAAUCUUGAAAAAGAGGAACAAAAACAGAGUGCCCUUAAGCGCUGGCGUUCUGACAACAUCAAGUGGUCGUUUACAAAGUCUUGUUUCUUUUUGCUUCUGUAGGCCAAAGAGUUCUCUUCUGCGUGCGUGUAUGAGUUUGUUUGUGUGUCUGUUUCUAUGUGUUAUCCCGCUUUUGUAAUGCUUUUACGCUUUUGUACAUUUUAGCUGCAAUGGUAAUAACAGAAGACAUGUAGAUGCUUGACUUUGGGUCUUUUUAUCU